CUCCCUCUCUCUCUCUCUUGCUCUCUCUCCCUCUCCCUCCCUCUCUCUCUCUCUCUCGCUCCAGAAGAGUGGAGACAGGAGACGUGCACACGAGAGCCGGAAAACCCGGAAUGUGAUGCCCAGCUCUGGCCGCUUCCCACCAGGAAAGACUUCCUCUCGGAUCAAGACCCGGGGACGUUCAACUAACUCUCUGCAUUUUUCGGGAUGCUCCUUGAAGAUUGAACUCAAUUGGCAGCUUUGUUGUUGUUGUUGUUUUGUUUGCUUGUUUGGGUUGUUUUCGGUUCCUUUCCCCUCCGGCCGCCGCGCGUUGUUUUCGGUUCCUUUCCCCUCCGGCUGCCGCGCGUUGUUUUCGGUGCCUUUCCCCUCCGGCCGCCGCGCGUUGUUUUUCUCGGCAUGAUUUUCAGCACCGCCGUGGUUCUGGGUGCCACUCUGGGCACUGCCUCAGGCAUCCUGACCCUCUGCGGGCUGUCCCUCCUCUGCAGGUCCUACCGGAAAAAACAGCUGGAUAAAGAGCACGACCCAGACCCGGAAAAAGCCAAACCAAGUGUCCUGCAUUCUAAACAGUUCAGUAUCCAAAAAUCCACUGAGCCCAUUCAGCCACGGACAUUGCUGGAGUUCCCCAAAAUCUACGCGCCCAAGCCGUCGGUAACCUCCCCUGAAGUGAUUAAUCAGCCGGAGAACAUUCCGGAAGCAACCAGUGAGCCCACCGCCAAGGGGAGCCCAACCACCAAGCCUGACCAUGGUAACCUAGCAACAGAGGGGCUCGAGGAGGUCUUUGUCAUCCAGAGGCAAGAUUCCACAGAAGAAAAAUCUUGUGCCUCAGAGCAAACGAAUGGGCUUCCCAAAAGCCCCUUCCUCCCUCACCCCAAGCUGCACUUCUCCCUCAGAUACCUCUCUGAAACAAAGGAGCUCCACGUCACAGUCAUCGAGGCGGAUCACGUGAGCGUGGGGGCGGGCGGGGAGGCGCACGUGGAGGGGCGGCUCAGCACCGCCGCGGGACAGAAGGAGGCGCACACCUCCUCUCGCCUCCUGGCGACCCACGUGCGCUGGGACGAGGGCCUGGUGUUGAGGCUGCCGGGCGGGCAGGAGGAGGGGGAGGAGGAGGGGGAGGUGGCCCUCUCUCUGCACAGCUGUGACCGCUUCUCCCGUCACGCCAACCUGGGUGCCGUCCGCUUCAAGCUGGCCGAUGUGGGAAUGAUGUCUGACGCUGACUGCUGGGUGGACCUGCAGCCCCCAAAGAAGGAUGUGAGCCUCUCUGCAGGUGAGAUCCUGCUGUCCAUAAGCUACCUGCCUGCAGCCAACCGCCUGGGCGUGGUGGUGAUGAAGGCCCGGGGUCUGCAGUCUGAUAGGCUGAAGGACACCAUUGACCUGUCGGUGAAGCUGGCUCUGAAGCACCAGGCCACCAAGCUGAGGAAGAAGCAGACGCGACGGGUGAAGCACAAGAUGAACCCCGUCUGGAACGAGAUGCUGAUGCUAGAGGUGCCCCGGGAGUUGCUGGCCAAGUCCAGCCUGGACCUGGAGGUGCUGAACCAGGCCGCCGGCGGCGCUGGGGAGGCUGCCCCCAUGGGCCGCUGCCAGCUGGGGCUGCAGGCCUCCGGGACCGGCCUCCAGCACUGGAAACAGAUGCUGGACAACCCCCGCAAGCAGAUUGCCAUGUGGCACCCCCUGUACGUCUGACCCUGUGCCCCCCUCACCAAAACACCCCACACAAACUCCGGUACUCUUGUGUCAGUCCUGGUCAUGGAGCGGUGACUCAGUCACGACCUCAUUCUCUUCACCUGUUCAAACCUGCAAUCCUCUUUCAGAACACUGUAGGAAUGUGGCUGAACAUAGAGGAAUGUGACAGAAAAAAAUAAACGUGGCCCUCCAUGACCAGAACUAAAGAAGCACCCGCUGCAGUAAAACAUUUGGGCUGAUUGUUACUACUCUACUGCUCUAACUUCUACUUUGCUCUAAGUUCAGUGGCCACAGCUUGACCUUUCACCUUGUAUGGAAACAAUCAUGCUUUGCACACAUGUAACAAUGGUUAAUGUAAGUACAACAAUGGUUAAUGUAGUACAUUUGUCUUUUAUAAUGUAAUAACUUCAGGUUGAUGUAAUAACUGCCUGUUAUUGUAAUAAAAAUCUUGAACGUAAAGUAAA